AUAUUUACACCUAAAUUUCAGUUUUAAUUGUGUUAUUUUGUCGUUUUUAUUCUUUUUAUUCAUUUAUUUUGCGAUUUUACACCUGCGAGUGGGGGAGGAUUUUUCAAGGGGUUGAGGUAGCAGAUGGGAGUUAAUCCAACGGUAGAAGUAUCUGAGGGUUGGGGACGGAAUAAGUCUAGAGUCCCGGCGGUUGAUGAUGAAGCUUCAGAAUCACCGAAAAAUCCUCUAGAAAAAUGAAUCUUCUGGAAAAAUGUCCUGGAUUGUACUGUGGAAGAGAAUUCCUGGAGGAUGGCAACUGGACAGAGUGCGGGGCAUGCCCCAGGGGCUUCAAGACCAACGAAUCAUCGAUAUGUGUCCCCUGCACAGACACUCCCAUGUUUUACGACUGGCUUUACCUAGGUUUCAUGGCUCUCUUGGCUCUGGUCCUCCACUGGUUCUGCAUCGACAUGGUCGCCAUGAGGAGAAACAUUCCCAAAGAGGUUAUUGCUCUGCACCUGUCUGCACUGGUGGAGAUAAUCGCGGCCUCCUUGAUCACUCUCCAAGUGACCCAGCCAAUUGGUUCCUUCGAAAUACAAUCCUGCAGGAUUAAACGGUUGUCUGAUUGGUAUACAUUGCUACAUAAUCCUAGCCCGAAUUAUGAGAGCUCUUUGCACUGCACUCAGGAAGCUGUCUAUCCAUUAUAUACCAUGGUUUUCAUAUUUUAUUCAUUAGGAGUUUUGUUGAUGCUUCUCGUGAGGCCUCCAAUCGUCAAAAAAUUCCUCCCCAAGCAAGGAAAAUUUUCCAUCUACGCUGCAUUGUACUUCUUCCCCAUAUUAGCGUUGCUUCAUGCAGUUGGAGGUGGAUUAAUUUAUUAUUCGUUUCCAUACAUCACGAUCAUCCUUUCAGUCCUAUCGAAUGCAGCUCACUUCGCUUUUCAAUUGAACCAGACUAUGAAAUCGCUACUACUAAGCUCCCUAUCGAAUGUUAAGAACGUAGUGGUCAUCCUGGGUCACUGGCUCCUUCAUGGGUACGGAGUUAUUGCUGUUGCAACACUGAGGGGUGUAAAUAUACAUCCCGCAAUGCUGAUAUUGGUACCGUUGCCAGCCUUAUUCUACAUACUUACUGCCAAAUUCACGGAUCCACACAAACUCCACAUAGAAUGAUUUGUUCUACUUUUCAUUCUGCAAUUGAUUGUCAAUAUGAAAUGAAUGUUAGGAAGUAAUAAUUAUUAUAAAAUUAUUAA